AUGCGACCGGCAAAAGGCUGGGUCAAAGAGCACAAGGGACAGUACUACGACCUCCAUAACGUCAUCUUCAACUUCGCCAAAGAGGUCGGCAGCCCGAGCGCCGUCGACCGCACCGACUACGGCACAGCCUCCGGCAGCGCCCGGGGCUUCGCCCAGCACCACUCGCAACAGCUCUCUCGCGCCGCCGUCUGUGGCGAUGCGCAAAACAUCAACAAAACGCUGCUGCCUCGCAACAUGCGUGUCGCGCACUCAUUCAUGACCGGUCUCAAUGGCCUCCAGGGCUCGCACCUCAACCUCUCACAGACCAGCGCAUAG